AUGGGCUUGUUUGCAAGAGUAUUCCUCACCAUAUGGUUGAUUGGUGGAACCGCAGGCUCGAUAUAUUUGCUAGUAAGACGGUUUGUAGAGCUCGCCGUGCGGGUGGUCAAGCUGCAUAACGAAACAUGUUUAGAGGACCCUGUGCUGUGGCCAACAUGGCUAAUGACCCUCAUUUUGGUUUCAUGCGUCCUCGGCCUCAUGGGAAUCGUGUGUAAAAUCAAAUUCUUUCAAUGGAUGUUUAACUUCUUGGUAAACAUCGGAGUCAUUUACAUUAUUUGCAUCAUGGUUUGGCGUUUGCUCGUGUUUGGUUGGAUUAGAAAACCCACAUCCAUGAGUUUUGAAGAAGUUUACAAGGAUAACUCGCCUCUAGACGAGGAGUAUAAGCCUAUGCUGAUCGAGGAAAUGGCUGCAGACCACCUGUGGCCACAGGUCGAAGAAUGCUUGAACGAUAUUAAGUUUUGCGAAGAAGACGACGGGGAGGAUAAAAUGUUCGCCAAAGAAGAUUGGAAAAUAGAAUCUUUCUACGAAUUUUACUGGGAGGGGUGUUGUGUGCCUCCGCCAAGAUGUAAGCGGUUGAUUUCAUUUAAAGGUAUAGGCAACAACGACAACGACGACUGCGAACGAUGGGCGAAUGGAACAAAGACGAAGAAUCAAAAUGUCAAAUGUUACAACUGCAAUUCAUGUAAGGCGGCACGGUUGGCCACUUACCAAACAGAGCAAGACAAGGUGCGUAUGUAUUCUCUGAUUGCGGCUGUUUUCCUGUUUAUUGCCAGCUUCUUUGUUACAAUCGGUGGAUUCGAAUAA